CAGAGACUGCAUAACAUCAGAUUAAUUCAAUCCGCGACAGAGCGCAGUGUACUCAACCCUUGAGGAUAGCAGAAUCGUGGUGCGCGUUAUUACGCACAAUUGCCAUUCUAUAGUAAUCCAAUUACAGAGUGUAUUUAAUGAGAAUGAAGCAAUGUUUUAGCAACAAUAGUUACACGAGUCGCUCGUUUUUGUAAUAUGUUUGUUUGUUUUUUUUUAAACAACCUGUUGUGUGCUUGUCUGUUGUCAUUAGUGCCCGUCUUUAACCUAUUAGAAUCAGACUCUACAGAGCGAAUUGUUUUGAUCGGCGUUUUUAAUGCAUUGCGCUUUAUGCACAUUUAAGAUGUCACCGGGCUGAAUAAAAAAAGUAAAGAUCGUCUUUAAGGCAGGGCUCGUCUUCAUUCACGAUAUAUGACCAUGACCAUGAGCGGUGUUCACACUGAAACAUCAGCUCCGCUAGACCUAAGGACCACAACCAGAGACAUCACAGAUCGGACUACAAGACAAACCGAAACGCAAGAUGUAGUAGAUCGGUCAGCAAAGAUCGAGGAGGUGGAGUGCAGUUCCAAAGGAUCUCCUUCCCUUUCCCCUGCGAUAAAACUGGGCAGCAAAGAAUGCAAGGAUAAUCAUGAUCAAGCUAUUGCACUAUCCAAGGUGAAGAGUGAAAGGUUGACUGACAUUGAUGGCAAGUCUCCGGAGAUCUCUACCUCAAAACUUCCGAUAAGAAAACGUCCUGUCCGUCCGGACCACACACCUGUGGACAGAACAGAAAGCACUGUUGGAGAGCGACCGGCAAAGAUUUUAAAGACAGACUCAAGUCCUAGUCUUGUCAAAGUGCCCAAGUGCAGUAGCGUCCGCAAUGGACUGAGCGCGGAGACGAAGCAGUGUUUUCCGAGUCCGCUUCCCGGAGGCGCACAGAAUGACAUACAGCUUGCGCCCACACCUCAGACAUACUAUGCGUAUCCAUCUCCCCUGUUUACAAGUAUAUUUUCUCCGCUUCACCCACCUGAGGAUACUGAUCGCCUGCAGCAUGAGGUAGACUUUGCAACACACCAGGAUGAAGAUGGGGACACGGCUCUACACAUUGCUGUGGCACAGGAGAAAGAGGCAGUAGUUCUCUGGCUCAUCCGCAUUUUGUGUCAGGCACGCAGAGACCUGGAUUUAUAUAAUAACCUAAGACAGACUCCUCUCCACUUGUCAGUCAUUACACAUCAGCCUAGUGUAGUGCAAGCUCUUCUUCAGGGUGGAGCAGACCCUGGAGCACUGGACCGUAAUGGACAGACGGCAUUGCAUCUCUGCUGUGAGCACCAAGAGGAUGCCUGUCUCCGUAUAUUACUUUCCCACCUGUCCAUAUUACCAUACUGCCCUUCUGCCUGUCUGGACAGCAGGAACUUUGAAGGCCUAACACCCCUCCACCUAGCUGUUCAGGAUGGAAAUAGGAAAAUGGCAAAAAUGUUACUGGACAGUGGAGCUGACAUUAAUGCUGUAGAUAUCAAGAGUGGCCGCAGCCCACUGAUACAUGCAGUGGAGAAGAGCUGCAUGGAGAUGAUCAGCUUCCUUGUUGAGAAUGGCUGUAAUGUGAACUCACAGUCAUACAGUGGAAACACAGCUCUUCACAUUGCCUGUGGCCGUGGAGAGGUGGAGGCUGUCAGAGUCCUACUAAAAAAUGGAGCAGACAGCAGUCUAAAGAAUUACCACAAUGACACUGCUAUUAUGGUGGCCAAGAACAAGAAGGUAUCUGAUGUUUUACGUGGAAAACCUACACGAGGUCACAAUCUAAAAACUCAGAACAGCUUCAAUGGUACCCCAUCCCCAAACAACUUAAGUCUUUCUCCACUGGCUGCUCCCAACCCUCAUCGCAGUGCAUCUCUGUCUCCAACAGUUCCACACACAUACUCACCACACAGUCAAUCUGGUGAAAGCAGGUCUGGAAACCUGUCACCAGUGGAAAAUCACGAAGCAGAAGAUCUACAAAUGACCUCCAGUCCAUUUCAUAAUAUGGUAGCAGUUAACAAUACGGACUAUGUGGUGUCGAUUCGUCCCUUUCCAAUUUUUCAAACACCCCAUUAUGAUACACUCAUGUCCUCUGAUCCUCACCUAUAUUUAAUGUCAGGUCACUCUCCUUACUAUCCAAAUGUACAAAGACUCUAUACCUCAGACACACAGUACAUCUUCAUUCCAGCCAGGAAUGGGCCAUCUGUUUCUCAUUGCUCACCAUCCCAGCCCACUGGCACUCAGUCACGGCCCUCCAGCCAUAACAGUGAUCAAUCUGACAUAUCAAACUUGAGUGCAAGCACUGGUGAAAAGACAUAAACUGAGCAUUAGAUGUCUGUUCUUGCACAUGUUCUUACAGAGUGUUGAAUAAAGAGUGUGGAUGGAUGUGGCAGGCCCAUCUUACAAGAUGUAUGUUUUAAAUGUAGCUUAUAAUUUAUGGUUAGAUAAAUGAUUGUCUUCAUUAAAAAAGAUUUAUUA